AUGAAACACUCCAUCUCAACAAGAGUUAAAAGUACACAGAGCGUCACGACUACAGCCACAAACGGUCAGAAACCCUCCUCCUUCAAUUUUAUCGCCCGUUUCCGCUCAAAUAGAGCAGUGUUGCCCAAUUCCAGCAUGCCCCUACGACCAGAUGGUCAACCAUCCCAACACCAUCGUCCCUAUUUUCAUGCCUAUAACCGCAACCUCACUUCCAAUGGAAUCGUUAUAACCACUCGUACGGCCGAAUCUCAUCCUCACGGCUCUCUGCCUUCUGAGCGAAACCCUGCUAUUAUACGCCUAAGCGAUACCUCCCCUUUCCAGACUGACCAAUUCAUCUAUCUGUUUACCCAAGCUAAUCAUUGUUUUCUAACCUAUGGGUUAAAUCCAGCAAUUUUUACAGGGGGAUAUCUGGUUGACUGCAUCCACAAUCACGAUGCUGACUUCAUGGACAAAAGUGCCGACUUUACACAGGUUCCCCCUAUGCUCCCUCAGCUGUUGAUGGUUUCCUGGACUUGA